UAUAAAUCUGUGUAGCUGAACAGUAAGAAACCACCAAAUUUGAAGUGGAAAACUUCAUCCUGACACCAUGGAAAUCGUUUCUCAUCUACUUGCAAUUGCAGGGGUUUUAGUGUUGGUAUUGUUGUAUAAUCUGUGGAGAGUGAAAGCUGGAAGUCAUAGUAAGGGCAUGUUAGCCCCAGAACCAUCGGGUGCAUUGCCAAUUAUUGGCCACCUUCAUCAACUUCGUUCCCAAAACACAAUCGCCAGAACCUUGGCUGCCAUGGCUGAUAAAUAUGGUCCCAUCUUCAAGAUCCGGUUUGGCACGAAACCUACACUUGUGAUUAGCAGCCAUGAAGCAGUCAAGGAGUGCUUCACCACAAAUGAUAAGACUUUCGCUGCACGACCAUUGUCUAGCCAGGGAAAAUACCUUGCUUACAACUAUGUAGGAUUCGGGUUUUCCAAUUAUGGAUCAUAUUGGAGUAAGAUACGAAAGCUAGCAGUUUCUGAACUCCUCUCCAGCCGCCGGCUCGAGAAACUCAAAAACAUGCGAGUCUCCGAGGUGGAUACUUUGGUUAAAGAUCUCUACUCUGUUUGCAGGAGCAACGAAGACAACCCAGUCAGCGUGGUGAUUAGUGAAUGGAUCGAGGGCCUAGCCUCGAAUAUAAUCACAAAAGUUAUUGCGAGGAAGAGAUAUUUUGGUUAUGCCAAUGGUGGAAAUGAUGGAGAGGCAAAACGCAUAGGGAAAAUCAUGAAAGAAUUCAUGUAUUUAACUGGGGCUCCUGUCAUGUUUGAUCUAAUUCCAAUUCUCAAAUGGAUUGAUUUGCGGGGCCAAGUGAAAUCUAUGAAGCGUGUUGCGAAGGAAUUGGACUCUCUAAUAGGAAGUUGGGUUGAAGAACAUACCGCGAGGAGGCUCAAGACUGAUGAGCAAAGCCAAGAGCCAGACUUCAUCGAUGCCAUGCUAUCAGCAAUUGAGGAUUCCAUGUUUGGUCAUAGCCGAGAAACCAUUAUCAAGGCAACUGUGCUGAUUCUUAUCUUGGCUGGUUCUGAUACUAUAUCUCUUAACCUGACAUGGCUCUUAUCCUUAUUAUUAAACAAUAAACAUGCUUUGAAACGAGCCCAAGAAGAGUUGGAUCUCAAAGUUGGAAGGGAUAGAUGGGUGGAAGAUUAUGAUAUUAAAGAUCUAGUUUACCUCCAAGCCAUAAUCAAAGAAUCCUUGCGCUUAUACCCACCAUCCCCUUUAUCGUUUCCACACGAGUCAACAGAAGAUUGUCAAGUUUGUGGCUAUUACAUUCCGAAGGGAACUCGCUUGUUUGUGAAUGUGUGGAAGCUGCAUCGUGACCCAAGGGUUUGGCAAGACCCUAAUAAUUUCUUGCCUGAAAGGUUUCUCUCAAGCCAUGCAAGUGUGGAUGCCUCAGGUCAACAUUUUGAAUUCCAACCAUUUGGGUCUGGAAGAAGAUCUUGCCCUGGAGACAUGUUUGCCUUGCAAGUAUCGCAAUUGACACUAGCUCGUUUGCUUCAGGGAUUUGAGUUUACAACUCCAUUGAACAAGCCGGUGGACAUGACUGAGGGCUUAGGCAUCUCCUUGGCCAAGGCAACUCCCCUACAAGUUGUCAUCACUCCCCGACUUUCUUCCAAACUCUAUGAAUGCUAGAGAGACAGUCAAACUAUAUAUGCUUGCAUGCUUAGAACAAUCUGUUAUCGGCAAGUCUCUGUGCACCUUGUUUGGUAAUUAGUAUGCAGUCCGUCUUUCUGUUGUACUUUGUUGUAUGGAAAAUGCUUCUAAAGCCAUUGAUAAUAUAAUAAGGCUAUACAGGUACUGCUAGCGACUCUCAAUAAGGCUAUAAUAAAAUGCUUCUUGAACUGCAUGCA